AUGUUCCGUGAGGAGAUCAGUGGAGUAUCGGCUCACCUGCAAAAUACAGAGCUUAAAACUGCCGCACAGGAGACCCGACUUGCGACAGUGGAGCAGCAACUUCUGAUCCUGCAAAAGGCACAAAUACAAAACCAAGACAGCUUGGCAGCUCUUGAAGAUAAAAGGCGCUGGAAUAACAUUAAGGUUCAUAGUCUGCUUGACACUAUUGAGACUGCUGAGCUAUAA